AUGUCGAAUUUCAAAAGUGAUACUCGGUCGCGUGGUGUUGUGCAAUUUAGCGACAAGCCUGCCUACUGCGGUGCUUGUGGGGUCUAUUUCGUCCAGAUUCUUAAAGAAUCUUACGACUGGCAUCAAGUCUAUCGAGUUGUCAUCGUUGACAGAGAAACCGGCACAAACAAUGAAACGUUCAGUCUUUCUGGACUCGGGGCAUGCGACUACAUGUGGCAGUACAGUGAGCAAGAACUCCUCCACGCACCCAGACGGGUCGAUGAGGUAGUUCAAACUGCACACGAUAUGGGAUACUCCGGUGUGGUAGUAUCGGAUCCCUGUGCCAUCUAUCCUGCCAGAUACUGGAACUCUCAGAACUGUGAUCGUUAUCCUCAUGGAUAUGCAUUCCACGCCAAAUGCUGGCUUCUCGUGGAGCGCUGUCUGGGCCAGAUCAACCAAGAUCAACUUGAGCAUCUGAUUCUAGCUAUUCGCAGAUACUGGUACAAUAAUAAGUACGACCUGGACAAGUACUUGCCUUUGCGCAAUUACACUCGCCCCUGGGUUCCUUGUAUUUGCUUCAUAUACCAGGAUGCCGCAUAUACAAUUUGGCCAUAUCAGACUGACCCAGUCGACAUCCCAGAAGUGCAGUGGAUAAUCAAACAGAGCACUCGGAGGCAGGUUCCCCGACGAUCCAAGCCCUUGCAGCCGGUCUUCCCUCCACGUCUUCCGUGGGAUGUCUAUUUACGCGUCCUCGACUUUCUGGACGAUGGUGACGCGCAAAAGUGCGGUAUGGCAACCGGGUUGCCAAUCCCUGGAUCACACUGGAGUCGACGGUUGAAUGGGAUGAUCUAUGAACUGUCCGAACUUCCUCCAGACACGACAAUCAGCUGGGAAACGGCGUAUUUGGAGAUGAAACGUCUCUCCGAAAAGGCCCUAGGAUUGGAAAACCGUCAGCGAAUCUGGAAAGCAUUGUGUUCAAUCAGAGAAAUAUAUCGGGAUAUCAAUGAGACAAGAAACCCAACUUCUCUGUCUUUCUAUAUUUCCCAGACAUAUCCAGUCUUUCGUGGUAGCCCUGUUCCCAAGUUUGCCCAUCACGAAUGCACAAAGGCACACCCACACACAAGAUUUGUUCGUGGGGACACGCCCAACAGUGAACCCUGUGUAAACAGCGAACCCUGUAUAUGUUUUGGCGUCAUACCAGAUCAGCUUUUCAAAGUUUGGCUGGCAGGCCCUGGACCUAAGCCUCGGCUUGGCUUCCCAGAAGGUUACCGUUGUUCCAUAGCAGACCAUACACUACUCUGCGACCUGGUUGACUGCCUCCUGGCGAUCCGCGAGCUUAAGAUCCGCCCGUUUGAAUUCAACGUAGAGUAUAUCGUUGGUUUCUUGAUCCUGGUUAUUCCAGCAAAAGACCUUGCAAUCUACCCUGCGUUUACUCUCAUCGGACGGAUUCUGCUCUUGGACGAUAUAAAGAUCUCUGUUAGCAGGAAACUCACGAUGUAG